CGUCCUGUGCAGUAGCGGUAGUCUUAUAUACUUGACGUCGUGAUUAAUAGAAAUAUGCUUCUAUUUUCAUAUAUUUUGUUGUAUUUAUUGUUGCAGUGGUUUUUGGUGUAUCGGAAUAUGUAUGUGAUUAUACGCCUGUGUUAAACAUGAGCCUUGAUGAAUCUGAGAUGCAGAACCCUAUGGAUAAUGAGAACACCAAUAACUUUCUGGGCUAUGUGCCUAUGCUCAAUAGAAAGAUAUACAAAGGCACGCGGGUAGUGAUCCUGGAGCACCCGUACGUGGUGAGCAUACGGCGACAGUACGCGCACUUCUUAACUGGUAGCCUGCUCUCACAUUAUGUUAUCAUCACUAUUGCUCAACCGCUCUUCGACGUUCCUCUGUCCGAGUUGGCGGUGAUAUGUGGCGAGAACUACGCGGACCGUGGCACUAUUAUGUACACAGUCCUGCUAUUCUUGCCAUAUCCUGAAUUUGACCCGUACACGCUCCACAACGACUUGUCACUGCUGCGCGUAUACGAGGCAAUCACUUAUAGACCAUCCAUCAGGCCCAUAGGCAAUGUGAUGUACCCCACAAAGGAAAUCUAUGGUUUUCAAGGUUUCGUCACUGGAUGGGGUCGGUGUGACUUAUCGGGAAAGGAAUUAUGUUUACCCCGCGCUUCAAGAUGGUUUCCCAAUGAAAAAUUUGAUCCCAUGUUGAGAUCAAUUACAUUUCCACUAGAGCAAAAAGCCUGCUCGUCAUAUUCUCAAUAUGGACUGAAGAUUAGAACGGGUAUGCUGUGCGUGGGACAGGCGCGUGAGAAUAAUCCUGGUUGCCCGUGUAUGGCAGUGCCGGGUGCGCCGCUCGUCGUUGGCAAAGACCUUGUCGGGCUGCAGUCUUGGGGCUUUGGCUGCGGCUAUAAGACCGACCUGCCGAUCAUUUACACUGACCUACGCCAGUAUUAUUAUUGGUUGGAGUACAACUUCAAAUAUUUAACGGUGAAUAUUACCAGUAAAAAUUUGCAGCUUCUAUUUGAAGCGACUAAAGCACACUAUCUGCUGCAAUGGCUGGAUGGAACUAGAGGUAAAAAAAUAUUAAUGCAUCAACAUAUUGAACAUGAUUUGCAUCCUUGGGAGUUGGAUAACAAGCUAGCUUUGGUUGCUGGAGAAAUAUAUGACAUAAGAGAUUAUGUGGAAGGGGGAGCAUAUAGAAUACACAAGCAAAAUAUGUAUAAAAUGAUUAAAGUAAAUAUAAAAUUCUCGGAGAAUUUGAGUCGUUCCUCUACGACAUCAAAGGCAAUGACAGAGACGUCUACGUCGACGUUGUGGAACGGGAUACUGCCGUUCGAGUCAGAAGAUUACUACGAGUCCAGGGUCGAAGAAGGUAUCCAUAAUCGUCAAAAGACUAUAUUGGAAAAUCACGUUUUAAAUAACCAAAGCGAACCUGCCAUUCUUACGAAAAUGUACAAAGAAAAGACGAAAUGAAAUUCGAAUGGUACAUUUAAUUUCAUAUUUUAUUUGGUUUAAAUCCAUUGGUACAAUAAUUACCUAGAUUAACAUUUUCGGCGCUCAUUUUGUCUACGUGGAAAAGGCGUAAUUCACACAAUAUAAUCAUAGAUAUAGAUAAAUAU